AUGCAAUUACCAGUCGAACUCAACGAUACCCGAACCAUCAAGACCCUCGGCAUCCACUGGCAGCCGUGCAGCGACGUGCUCCAGUUCUCAAACGCUACGAACAAGAUCUUUCAGCCCACAAAGCGGACCAUGCUUUCGCAAAUCGCCAGCAUCUUCGAUCCAAUUGGAUUACUGGCUCCGAUCGUCAUCAAAGCGAAGAUGGUACCCCGUCGAGUGAUCGGCAUGCGAAACGCAUCUCGCAUCUAUCUGCACGGCUACAGUGAUGCAUCCGAGCGAGCCAUGGGUGCGUGCGUCUACAUUAGGGCUGCUGACGAAUGCGGCAACACAUCAUCGCAUUUGCUUUGUGCGAAAUCCAAGACAGCACCUAUCGGCAAUGGACGAACAACGUUGCCUCGCUUGGAGCUGUGUGCGGCGGUGAUUCUAGCUCGACUGAUGGCGAACGUAAUGGCAGCAAUCUCAUUGCCCUUCCACGAAAUAAGGGCUCAUUCGGAUUCCACGGUAGCAUUGGCAUGGAUCUACGGUGGUGCUUCGAGGUACUAUCGGAAGCUUCAACUUAUUCUGUGCAUCACGGCGCGUAUGCUGCGCUUUCGUUACCGAGAGCUCAGGACAACAAAUCGUCUAGCCCCCCAAGAAAUCGAUAACGCCAUGCAAGUUUACGUACGACAUGUCCAGAGUCAGCACUACUGGAAGGAGAUCAACCAACUGGAAACCAACCGUGAAGUCAAUAAUAGCAGCUCGCUUCGUCAAUUGAAACCGUUUCUGGAUGGAAACCAUCUCCUCAGGGUGGGCGGUAGGCUGCAGCUGUCGGAUUUCAACUACGAUACGAAGGAUCCUAUCUUGUUGCCUCGUCACUCAGCUCUCACCGCACUCAUUCUCCACCACGAGCACCACGAGCAGCUUCACUGUGGUCCACAGUCAUUACUGGCAGCUGUGCGACGACGUUUUUGGAUUGUUCGCGGAACGACUGCUGCCCGGAAGAUUUGCCGAGCUUGCGUCGAAUGUGUUCGUGUGAGACCAGUACCACUACGUCAGCUGAUGGGUCAGCUACCUGCAGAUCACCUGGAACCAAAUCCUCCUUUCUCCAUCACCGGCAUUGACUAUGCCGGACCAAUCAACAUCAUCAAUCGACGAAUGCGUGGCGCUGUAUCUAGCAAGGGUUACAUCGCACUGUUUAUUUGUUUUUCGACCCGAGCCGUCCAUAUUGAAGCAGUGUCCGAUCUCAGCACUUCUGCAUUCAUUGCUGCUUUCACCCGCUUUAGUAGCCGAUAUGGAUUGCCGAGUAAAAUCUACUCCGACAACGCUACUAACCUUCGGGGAGCAGCAAGAAAAUACCGUGAAUUACACCAACAAAUCAACGCAACCGAACUGGACGACAAAGUAUCAGACUUCUUCUCCGACAAGAGUAUUGAGUGGAUGUUCAUUCCUGCUCGAUCACCACACCACGGUGGACUUUGUGAGGCAGGCGUGAAGGUGGUGAAAGCAUUCUUAGGCAGAGUCGGGGGUGAUGCUCGUUUCACUUUUGAGGAAUUGAGUACUGUUCUUGCACAAGUGGCGGCCUGCAUGAACUCACGGCCGAUUUCUCCACUCUCCGAUGAUCCCAACGACCCUCAACCUCUCACGCCGGCACAUUUUCUCAUCGGUCGACCACUAAAUAAUGUUCCCGAGAUCAACCAGUUGGAACGCCGUAUCGGAUCACUGAACAGGUGGGAGUACGUUCAACGAGUCGCGCAACAGUUUCGAGCUCGGUGGCAGACCGAAUAUGUUUUAGCUCUUCAACAUAUGACAAAGUGGCAACGUCCAGAACCGAAUGUUUCGGUUGGAGACUUUGUGUUGUUGGUCGCUGACAACGAAAAACCAACGAUGGGCCGCAUCGUCGAUACUUUCCCUGGAUCCGAUGACUACGUUAGGGUGGUGGCUAUUAGAACCCCAAAUGGUAUCGUGCGGCGUGAUGUUCGACGAAUCCGGCGGAUCCCUUUGGAAGACGACGAGUACGUGACAGGACGGAAUGAAGCUUAA